CCUCUUUGUAUGAACUCGCCAGAAUGAACCAAACAGCGGGUUUGCGUGCGGCGACCGGUGUAGUCGAUGUCCAACUAACUAAAAUCUCAGUCUUGCCGGCGAUCCCACACCGUCACAACUACACUGUGCUCGGCGGAGGUGGACGCCUGUGCUUGACGACCGGCUGGCGAUCGACGUGCUACUUCUUUGCUUUAUCGAAUGGAAAAGGACCUGCUACAAUCGACAAGUCGCCCGCACGCACGUGUGCAGCACAUGAGCACCAUGGCCGAGACGCCGCCGCCCUCCCUCCGCACCGUCGCGCCCGACCCCGGCAUGUCCACGACGACGGUCGUCAUCAUCAUUGUAGCGGCCAUCGUCGGCCUCCUUCUCGUCGUUGCCCUCGGCAUCUACAUCCUGCGCCGGCGGCGGCGAAGUCAGCAGGAGGCCUUUUCGCACCCACCGACGUUGCCAACGACGAUGCCGCCGCCCGCUGUGCACGCUCCACCAACGAUGGUGCCGAUGGCCGCACCGACGCAUCCUGUGGCCGCGACGUCCGAGGGCAACGCGCACUUUGCGCCAGCGACGACGACGGUGCAGCACGGCACGAGCCCGGGGUUGCCAUCCAACUUUUACGACCGCGGCAACAGCUACAACGACGCCGACGCGCGCGACCAUCUGCACCACACGCGGUUCACAGACCUUAGCACCAACAGCUAUGGUACGGAGAACGUCUCGUUCUCGGGCAGCAUCAUGAGCGACUCGAGCGGGUCCUUCUCGUCCCGGCCGUACGACUCGCUGGGCGAGAACGACGUUGCUUGGAAGUACAUGACCGACAGCGAGAAGCUGCGCUACAUGCAGUCGAAGGAAAGCCCGGGCGCCAACAGCCUCCACGACAGCGAGUCGUUUGAGAGCUUCCAUGUCGGCCCAUCGCGACGGCUCUAAGUUCCUACUGCAAUUCGACAACGAUUCAUUUUGUACAUAGUUUUGGUGUGCAGGACGAGAGCACGUUGCUCGAUACCUUGCGAAGACGACGACGCAUGCAACGUGCUUGCGGCUCUUGUUGAACUGGCAACUGCGAGUAGGUGCCAGAGCUCAUCGCAACCCCUGAGCCCUUCUACUUGCUGCUAGUACGUUCUAAUAUAUGGAGCAUCGUGGCUUUGCCCGUCGUCGCCGAUACUCACACGGCGUCGCGACGUGGCACGCUCCUGUGACAGAGAAUCGCAUGUGUGUUGGGUCUCGAACAAAGACACGAAAUUAUAUAGCAAAACGUGGC